AUGCACUCCGCACUUGCAUCCAUUCUCCCUGCUCUCCUCCUUUCGGGCACCCUUUCUGCAUGCCUUCCUUCCCAGGCAAAAGUCCGGGAAAUCGUCGAGAUUCCCGGCGUCCGGAUCGAGAACGUUGCCUGUCGAUCCAAUGGUGACCUAUUACUUAGCACAAUGGGGGAAGGCAAACUCUACUCAGUUAAUCCAUAUAAGAGCCCGGCUAAACCGGAAGUGAUUGCUCAAAUUGAGGGCGUCAACAGUUUGUUUGGCAUCACCGAGAUCGGCAACGAUAUUUUUGCUCUGGCUGCAGGGAAUGAUACCGGACAACAAUUCCAGAACAACAGCAUGAAAAUUUCGCUACUCAAGUUCAAGUAUGGCCAGCUGUCUGUUGGUACUGUAUUUGAGGAGUCUACAUAUGGCCCCGUUAAUGGCAUCGUGGCACUUCCCCAUCACAAGCAUAUCAUCCUCGGUGCUGACUCUGUACGAGGAGAGAUUUUACGUAUAGAUACAACGACUGGCAGAAUCACAGUGGCAAUUCAAGAUAAGGAAUUUACUCCCAGCGCCGAUGGCCCGUAUGGUCUUGGAGUGAACGGCAUUAAGAUCUAUAAAGACCACCUAUAUUUCACCAAUACCGAUCGGCAGACCUUUGGCCGAAUGAAGAUUGAUAAGCUUGGAAAUAAGGCUGGACAUGUUGAGAUUAUCUACAGGAUUGAGACAGGAUCGCCCUCUAUACCUGAUGACUUUACUAUGGAUAAGAAGGGCAAUGUAUAUGUUGGUUUUUGGCAAGACAAGCUGAUCAAGAUCAAGCCUGACGGCAAAGCUACAGUCCUCCUUCAGGGACUUCUUGCUGGACCUACUAGUGUGAUUUUAAGCAGAGACGACAAGAGUGUUUUUGUUGUCACAGCUGGAAUGAAUAGCGAUAACGUAUCUGGUGGCCAGGUAGUCCAGGUCAGAAUCUGA